AUGGCGGCAUCCCUGUUUGCCCUCCGCGGCGGGCGCCAGCUUGCUCUGCGGUCGCGUGUUCGCGUCCCCUCAAUUGCCCGAGCUUCAUUGUCACCAUUGAAGACUCAAAGAGCUUUGCACACUUCGCAAUCUGUGCCCCGUCGUGGAGUCUAUACUAGCUCUGUCAACGACCAUGGCGACCCCCACCCCCAGGAUAUCUUCCAACCUCUCGAUACCUUCCCCCGCCGCCACAUUGGCCCUUCACCCGAUGCCGCGGCCCAGAUGCUUGCCGUGCUCGACCCGCCAGUGCAAUCGUUGGACGAAUUCGUGAAGCAGGUUCUUCCCGAAGACAUUCUCUCCAAGAAGGACCUCAAGGUCUCCGAGCCUCACGCCGAUAUCAGCCUGUACCGUUCCAGUGUGCAGGGUGGUCUGGGUGAAACCGACAUGCUCAAGCUGCUGGACACCUACCGCAAGCAGAUUGAUAUUUCCGGCAAGACCUACAUCGGAACCGGUUACUACCCCACCAUUGUCCCUCCGGUUAUCCAACGCAACGUCCUCGAGAAUCCCGCCUGGUACACCAGCUAUACCCCCUAUCAGCCCGAGAUCAGUCAGGGUCGCCUGGAGUCUCUGCUGAACUUCCAGACUCUGACCGCUGAUCUGACCGGUCUGCCCUUCGCCAAUGCCUCGGUUUUGGAUGAGGCCACCGCCGCCGCCGAGGCCAUGACCAUGUCCUACGCCACCAUGCCCGCUUCUAAGCAGAAGAAGGCCGACAAGUCCUUCGUUGUGUCUCACCUCUGCCACCCCCAGACCAUUGCCGUGAUGAGAUCUCGUGCCGAAGGAUUCGGGAUCAACCUCGUGAUUGGAGAUAUCUUGGCAGACGACUUCAAGAUUGUCAAGGACCAGAAGGAUCAUCUGAUUGGUGUUCUUGCUCAGUACCCUGAUACUGAGGGAGGCAUCUUCGACUUCCAGGCUUUGAGUGACUCUAUCCACAGCCAGGGUGGUACCUUCAGCGUGGCCACUGACCUGCUGGCUUUGACUGUGCUGAAGGCUCCCGGCGAGUUCGGCGCCGACAUGGCCUUCGGCAGUGCCCAGCGUCUCGGCGUCCCCAUGGGCUUCGGUGGCCCUCACGCUGCCUUCUUCGCUUGUGCUGAUAAGUACAAGCGCAAGGUGCCUGGCCGUGUCGUUGGUGUGUCCAAGGACCGUCUUGGCAACCGGGCUCUGCGCCUGGCUCUUCAGACUCGUGAGCAGCACAUCCGCCGCGAGAAGGCUACCAGCAACAUUUGCACUGCUCAGGCUUUGCUUGCUAACAUGACCGCCAUGUAUGCUAUCUACCACGGUCCCGCUGGCCUCAAGGCCAUUGCUCAGCGUAUCAUGUCCAUGACCUCGUUGCUGCGCGAUAACCUUGUUCGCCUGGGCUAUGAGGUCCCUCUCCGCUCCAACACCGCUGACGGCGGUGCUGUCUUCGAUACUCUGGCCAUCGAACUCCCCACUGCCGCGGAAGCCGAUGCCAUCAUGGAUGAGGCUCGUGCUGCCAAGGUCUUCCUCCGCAGACUUGGCGGAAACAAGGUCGGUCUGUCUUUGGAUGAGACUGUUGGCCGCGACGAGGUGAAUGGAAUUUUGAGUGUCUUUGCCGCGCACAAAUCGACCUCCCCCGUCGAGGUUGAUGGCACCCUUGGUCUCACCUCCGUCCCUGCCAGCCUCGAGCGUACCUCUGAAUACCUCACCCACCCCGUCUUCAACACCUACCACUCCGAGACUGAGAUGCUCCGUUACAUUCACCACCUUGAGUCGAAGGAUCUGUCUCUGGCCCACUCCAUGAUCCCCCUCGGAUCUUGCACCAUGAAGCUCAACGCUACCACGGAAAUGAUCCCCGUCUCAUGGCCCGAAUUCUCCCAGAUUCACCCCUUCAUGCCCGCCGAGCAGGCCAAGGGCUACAUCAAGAUGAUUGAUGAUCUCGAGCAGCAGCUUGCCGAUAUCACUGGUAUGGCCGAGGUCACUGUGCAGCCCAAUUCCGGUGCUCAGGGUGAGUUCGCCGGACUUCGUGUUAUCAAGAAGUACUUCGAGGCCAAGGGCGAUUCCAAGCGCAACCUGUGCUUGAUCCCCGUUUCUGCUCACGGUACCAACCCGGCGAGUGCUGCCAUGGCUGGUAUGCGCGUUGUCACCGUCAAGUGCGAUACCAAGACCGGUAACCUUGAUUUGGCUGAUCUCAAGGCCAAGUGUGAGAAGCACAAGGAUGAGUUGGCCGCGUUCAUGAUCACCUACCCCAGCACUUUCGGUGUGUUCGAACCCGGUGCCAGGGAAGCUUGCGACCUGGUGCACCAACACGGUGGUCAGGUCUACAUGGACGGUGCCAACAUGAACGCCCAGAUCGGUCUUUGCUCCCCUGGUGAGAUCGGCGCCGAUGUGUGCCACCUCAAUCUUCACAAGACCUUCUGUAUUCCCCACGGUGGCGGUGGCCCCGGUGUCGGACCCAUCGGUGUGGCCUCGCACUUGGCUCCCUUCCUGCCCUCGCACCCUACCAGCGAAUACCUCCAAUCCAAGCGUGGCGAGACCUCUUCUCCCCCCAUCUCCGCCGCUCCCUGGGGUAGCGCCAGCAUCCUGCCCAUCACCUUCAACUACAUCAACAUGAUGGGCGACCGCGGUCUGACCCACGCCACCAAGAUCACAUUGCUCAACGCAAACUACAUCCUCUCCCGCCUCAAGCCUCACUACCCGAUCUUGUACACCAACGACCACGGCCGCUGUGCACACGAGUUCAUCCUCGACGUGCGCGGCUUCAAGGACACCUGCGGCAUCGAAGCCAUCGACAUCGCCAAGCGUCUCCAGGACUACGGCUUCCACGCGCCGACCAUGUCCUGGCCGGUCGCCAACACCCUCAUGAUCGAGCCCACCGAGUCCGAGAACAAGGCCGAGCUGGACCGCUUCUGCGAUGCCUUGAUCUCCAUCCGUGAGGAGAUCAGCCAGGUCGAGUCCGGUGCCCAGCCCCGUGAGGGUAACGUGCUGAAGCUGGCCCCGCACACCCAGCGCGACCUGCUUACUUCCGAGUGGGAUCGCCCUUACACCCGUGAGCAGGCUGCUUACCCAUUGCCUUUGCUGCUGGAGAAGAAGUUCUGGCCUACAGUUACGCGUGUUGAUGAUGCCUUUGGUGACCAGAACUUGUUCUGCACUUGCGGUCCUGUGGAGGACAGCGAAUAG